CUAAAACGGAGAACGAGCUCAACUUCUUUGAAUAAGGCUGAUAGCGAUGACGAAGUGUCGUUAUCAAAAAGUGAUGUUAUACUUUCAUUUAAUAUCGAGGUUGUAGUCAUGGAAGUACAAAAUUUAAAAUCAUUAGCAUCUAAUCGAAUCGUUUAUUGCACAAUGGAAGUUGAUAGUUGUGCGAAACUUCAGACCGAUCACGCAGAAGCUUCUAAGCCAUCAUGGGAUACACAAGGAGAUUUUACAACGAAACAUCCAUUACCAACGAUAAAAGUGAAAUUAUAUACUGAAAUAAAGAGUAUUGUUUCAUUUGAAGACAAGGAACUCGGCAAAGUUGUUAUAAGGCCGACGCCGAAUUGCUCGAAAGCACCAGAAUGGUAUAAAAUGACCGUUCCCAAAAAUAGUUCAGAUCAAAACUUAAGGAUAAGGAUAGCAAUUAGAGUUGAAAAGCCACCAAAUCUCAAAUAUUGUGGUUAUUGUUACGCUUUAGGCCGAUUAAUAUGGAAGAAAUGGAAAAGGAGAUUUUUUUGCCUCGUUCAGGUAUCUCAAUAUGCCUUUGCAAUGUGUAGUUAUAGAGAAAAGAAAGCAGAUCCAACAGAAUUCAGUUCAUUAGAUGGUUUUACUAUUGAUUAUAUGCCCGAACCUGAUCCAGAUUUAUACAAUCAAGGAGGAAAAUAUUUUUUCACUGCCAUAAAAGAAGGAGAUGAAUUGAAAUUCGCAACCGAUGAUGAAAAUGAAAGGCAUAUGUGGGUUCAAGCUUUGUAUCGUGCUACAGGACAGGCCUAUAAACCAGUACCUCCAAAACAGUCAUCAGUUUUGUCAACUAAAGUACAAGGUUUCGCGGACAAGGCAAGUAAACAUGGCAUGGAUGAAUUAAUCCAGGCAGAUCCGAUAAACUACAAUCAUGACCAUCUCUUUAGUAAACUUCAGUCCUUAACACUCGAUUUUCGAUUAAACGAACCAGUUUGCUCUUUGGGAUGGUUUUCUCCUGGGCAAAUCUUUGUAUUAGAUGAAUAUUGCGCACGUUAUACGGUUCGAGGAUGCCACAGGCAUGUAUCGCUUCUAAGGGAUUUAUUAAACAAGGCAGAUGAUGGCUUUUUAAUUGACCCAACAUUAAUACAUUACUCUUUCGCAUUUUGCGCUUCGCAUGUUCACGGUAAUCGACCGGACGGAGUGGGGACAGUGACACUUGAAGAAAAGGAAAAAUUUCAAGAAGUUAAAGAGCGCUUAAGGACAUUACUGGAAAAGCAAAUCACGAAUUUCCGAUAUUGUUUUCCAUUUGGGAGGCCCGAAGGCGCACUUAAAGGAACUCUUUCGCUAUUGGAACGAGUUCUAAUGAAAGAUGUUGUUUCUCCAGUUCCACCAGAAGAGGUGAGAAAUGUUAUCAGGAAAUGUCUUGAGGAUGCUGCAUUAGUUAAUUACACUCGGAUCUGCAAUGAAGCAAUGCUUGAGCGUGAGGUUUUACACAAAGAACGUAUGGGCUCUGAUGUUAGUCCACAACAGCGAAUUGAAGAUAUGAUAAGAGUUACGGAAUUUUGCAUUGAUUUGUUAAAGGAAAACGAAGAACACCAUGGAGAGGCAUUUGCUUGGUUUAGUGAUCUACUCGCUGAUCAUUCCGAAAUUUUUUGGUCAUUAUAUUCGGUGGAUUUAGAUGCCGCGCUUGACGUACAACCACCUGAUUCGUGGGAUUCAUUCCCAUUAUUUCAAUUACUAAACGAUUUUCUAUGUAGUGAACCAAAUUUAAAGAAUGGCCAAUUUCAUACGAAAUUAAUUCAUCAGUUUUCGCCGAAAGUAGUACGUUAUAUAGAUUUAAUGGAACAUUCAAUAGCGCAUUCAAUAGAAAAAGGUUUCGCGAGAGAGAAAUGGGACGUGCGCAAAGAUGGUUGUGCAACUUCAGAGGAUAUAUUUUGGAAAUUGGAUGCACUUCAAGGAUUCAUUCAAGAUCUCAAUUGGCCUGAGGACGAAUUCGCGAAAUAUUUGUUAAUGAGGAUGAAAACAUUAGCAAAUGAAAUGAUAAGCAAAUGUGCUAAUUGUACUUAUCAAUAUUUCGAUUCAUUUAUGCAAAGAGCUCGAAAAUCCACUGAUUAUAUUCUUCCAUCAGAGAUAUGUGUCAUGAUUAAUGUUAUUUUUUCAUCGAAAACGCGAGCAGCGAAAUUGACAAUGGACUCUGGAGAGUAUAAAUAUCAUUCGAAAUUAGAUGAAACAUUGGAUACUAUGUUAAAAGAUAUGGAAACGUCAAUUCAAGACAAACUCUUAUCAGUGCUCGAAUUUACUUUAUCUCGCCUUACUCGCUAUGAUGAAGGAAAUCCUAUUGGUGCCAUUCUCUCAAUUGCUCAAAAACAGACAAACGUACAAGCACAGAAUUCAAGCCAUUUGGGUCAUUCAUAUGUUACUUUUAUGCGUGUUUGCAUGGAGCAGUUACGUCAAGUCGUUAUUGAUGAACUUUGGGUGAAUGGAUUAUUUGAGCAUUGGUAUGAAGGGCAGAUGAAAUUUAUAAACGAUUGGUUAAUUGAGCGCCUACAACAAUCACUUUCACCUUAUCAGCUUACUUGCCUAUCAUUCAUAAUCAAGAAAGUGUAUUCGGAUUUCGAAUUACAAGGAAUCGAUGAAGAAUUAUUAAACAGUAAAACUUAUCAGUCGGUUAUGAGAAGGCUACGAUUGGAGGAAACAAAUUGUGCGUUAAAUGAGAAAAUUUCAAGUACAUCAAGCUCAGUUAGUAGUACGGCUUUGAUUGGAAAUGCUACACAAGCAGUAACAAAUAUGGGUUCGAUGGUAGAAGGAGCUGGUGCGAAGGUUUUUGCACUUUUCAGGUGA